UAAGUUUGAGCUCAAAUCGUUUCUCCUUCGUCUUCUCGGUUUCAUUGUACGCAUUUGAUUUGCACCGAACGAAGAAAUUAUUCCAACAUGGCGUCCGUCAAGAUGAGCCUACUCUUGUGUGUGCUCUUUGUGGCUCUCGCCUAUGGACGCAUUGUCACUGAAAUAGUGGAUAAAUGUCCAAAUGGAAAGGUGUCCGGAGACAAAUGGGAGACAAACGACUGUAAGGUACACUACUGCAAGCCUAGAGAAUACACCUUCAAAGAGUGUGACGAGAAGCAGUUCGACAAGACCAGGUGUUACAUCCAACCAGCGGCCCCCAACCAGAAGUACCCCAACUGUUGUCCUUCAGUCGUCUGCCGUGGGGACGCAGGAUUCGUCGAGUCCAAGCUCAAGGCUAAUUAAUUAGUCUUCGACACUGGAGUGACUUAGACAUUCCAAAGACACGUUGAGAAAUUUUUAGAUUACAUUAACAAAAAUUGUUAUGAUAAUUACAUUAACAAAAAUGUUAUGAUAAUUUAAACCAAAUAAAAUUUAAAAGAAAAA